UGCUGCUGCGCUGCUGCUGCUGCUGCGUGUGUGUGUGUGUGUGCAGAUUGGUCCUUUCCGUGGCAUCAUGCAGUGAAAGGCAACUGAACAAAUUGUGAUUUACAUUGUGGUGUUACUGUUUCUAAAUGACGCAAACGAAAGUUCAAACUGUUUACUUGCGAUAGUGUGUCUGCAAAGACAUACGACGAUGUUGAUUUAUGGACUGUCAACGGUUCCGUCUGUCAAGCGUUCUGUCUAAAGGUUGGCUGAUGCGACCAAGCCAAAGAACUUUUAAAGGAAAUGAGGAGUGGAAACUAGGAAGGACUCACUCGCUCUGCACUGCUAGUUUUCUAAUGACAGUGAUAAACUCUCACUCUACCUGUCUGCAGAGGAAAAGGUCACAUGGGAAACAGGGGUGGGAUGUCUGUCAGCGCUGGACAUGAACAUCUUUUUCCUCCUAUUCUCAGCCAUGCUCACCCUUUCUCACCUGCUCUCUUCCUUCCAGACAGAGGAGGACAGGGCAGUCGUAAAAAGAGAUUCUGUAAUACGGCAGACCGGUGAAAGAUUUGAGUGUUCCUUUGCUAAUUUCUACAGUCUACGGUUUCUCCUUAGUGCUGUGAAUCUGCCUUACUGUGACCUUCAAUGGGUUAAUGUGCCUUCAUCUAGAAACAUUAGAGCACCUGUUUGUGCGUGCAUGUGUGUGUGUGUGUGUGUGCGUGCGUGCACGCAUGUGUGUGGCAUAUCAUGAUGACAGAUCGUCUCCUGACCCGUUGCUUGCUCAGCUGGUAGUAAAGAUUUCUCAUUGAUAUAGUUUUGAUUCAAUGAUGUGAAAUAAAUAGAAUUUCUUCAAUUUAAAAUAUUUAAUAUCUUUGUUUUUUGUCUCUCUUAUUGCAAUCUGCGAAGCACGUCGAAUAAAAUGUGUGUGUGUGUGUGAUCAGUUUUUACAAAGUAGCAUGAUACUUUAGGGGACCGUCUUGGCUACAGGACAUAGCAGAGGUGCGGAAUGCAUCUUUACGAAAAUGUCAAGCCUUUAUGUCUUCUCUGCUUCUAAACUCUGCCGGUAGUUGUCCAACGUCGCUGUGGCAACAGACAGAGAGGGAGCAACACAAAGAGACAAUCCAAAUUUGAAUAAACCCUGGAAGGAGUAGAUUCUCUAACAGGAACUUAUCGUGUGUGUAUGUAUGUGCACUGACGAUCUUGUUCACACUCUGAGGCCAGACCACCACACACACCUCCCUCGACACACGUCACCCGUCAUGAAUGCGAUCGUUAUUGCACCAUUGUCUCCAUCACCUAUGUGACACCCUUAUCUGAAAUCUAUUUUAGUGGAAAAAUACACAGCCCCAUUGCUCCUUAGUCUACAAGCCCACCUAGGAAAAUAACUGACCCAACUAGUAGGAAGGGUUGUAAAUCUAUUAAAUUUUAACAAAUGUGCCGUUUUGAAUUGUUUUUUUCAUAUCUCGGUGUUCAUUAAGUUGUUUGAAGUUCAUUUGAAAUACCAAUCACUUCCUCUUUGUGAACAAAGAUAGACAACUGAUGUCAUCUUUGCAAAUAUAGGGAAGAAUUAUGAGGACAUUUUACAGUUACACUACGCAUAUUUUAAGUGAUCUUACAUUCUUUUGCACGCAACAACAAAAAUAGAUAUCAGGAACAAUCAAAAUGAUGAGAAAUAUUCAUAUUUCAGGGACACAGAAGUUAUUAGGACACUAAUGUAACAGACUCCUUGUUACAUAGUAUAGGACCAAUGACUCAGCUGAAUAUUGCACCUUAGCUUUUGCUGAUUAUCAAUCAUCAGUUUUAUAACUUGUGGUCUUCGGACCUCACAAGCUAUGUCCUUGAUUUGUUGUGAUAAGACCAAUAGAUAGAAUACUAUUACUAGCUAUCCAAACAGCAAUGUAAUAUACAAUUAUUGUGAACUCCAGUACCAUAAAUUCCCCAAAAUAGCUUGAGGCAAUCAGGUCAGUGAAGUGGCCAAAGUAAUUAUUUUGUUGAUAUUAUAUUUUGAUAAUAAAAAAGGCAAUAUUUUAUGCUUUAGUCUUGAUGUAACCUAAUUUUUUACACUACACAAAAACACGUCAUCAGCGGAUAAAGUGGAGAAUUCUGUUGCUGCUGCAGACGUUGACCACGAUGACAUGAACUAAUUACUCUUCCUCAAAUAGAUGAAAUCCUGUUCUCAAAUGAGCCGGACGCCGACUUGAAAUCUUAAGUCAGAGCGCUCCUGUCAAAUCUGAAGCCUCAGCUAAGGCUGUGUUGGAUUUUAGACUUUACCAUGUUGAAAACCUCUAAGGGAUAGGUCAAUGAUUACCUACCAUGACACGUAUUAAUGUUUCAUAUCAGUUAUUAAUGAUUAUAAAUCUGUUAUGUUUAAUAAUUUACUUUUAAAUGAAUCGAAAUGACAUUUUACUAUUCUGCUUUUGUCAUUUGCAGGAUUCUUCAAAAGGAGCAAUAUACAACAUUCAGAGCAUUAGUAGAGCAACAACUAUUUGCUAUAUAAAGAUAUAGUGGAGUCAUUUCUACCUGAGCAGAGAAUGAAGUCGCUCUUCCUCUGCGUGUGUUUGCCAUACUUUGCACUGUUAGCGCUGCUAGCUCUGCACCGUUGGCUGCGAGCCGGCUAAGGCACUGCCAUGUUGAGAAGUAAUGGAAAUGCUCCCAAUCUCGGAUUAUGCACCUUUAAAUAAUAUUCUUUAAAAAUAUAGAAAAUAAUAUCUGAUGAUCAGUUUCUCUAUAACAAAGCAUACAUAAUAGAUCAUGUUUGAUGGAGAUAUUUCAUUCUAUUUCUGAUUGGCAGGUAUAAUUAAGAGAACUAUGCUGACUGGAGUAUAUAUAGCUGAGAUGAUUUAUACCCGCCCUUUUAUUUGUUGCACCCCUUUAGAUAUAGUAUCAGUAGGCUAAUCCUGCCUGCUGGUAUCUGCACUUUUGCUCACUUUUUCAUAUUGCAGUGAGCAGAGCAAGGUUUGAUAAAUCCAUUAAACGGGUUUCUUUCUGCCUCUUUUGAGCACUUUGGACUUUUAACUAAAUUGCAGAUUCCCUUGUUCUGUACAAAUUGGAGCAGAUGCACCUGCUGCCACGGAUUCACCAUAGAGGCUACACAGUUCUCACAGGAGCACUGCAAAAUCUGAAUUCACUCAAGCACAGCAGACAAAAGUCCAGCAGCACUGAUAAUAAAAAACGAAUCACCUUAAUCUCAAGUCCAGACAGUCGGCAGGACCUGAGGAUCUCCAACUGCACUAAAGACAGUGUGUAUGAGACAAAACCUUCCUCCGUUUCAACCUCAGAAUAAAUGUCAAAUCUGACAAAAAAAACAUGCUGUGGUGGAAAGUAAGUACAUUUACCACUGUACUUAAGUACAAUUCUGAGGUAUUUGUACUUAACUUAAAUACUUAAAUUAACCACCACUGCAAAUUGCGACACAGAGCUAAGGAUUAAUAUCACCUUUACCAGUUGAAGUCACCUGUUGCAGUCUGAAUAAAACAGAAGUGAGGAAGAGGAGAGUUGUACAUAACGUUCCCUGUGGACAAUUUUCCUUCCUCAAUGAUACAUGACUCAGUGAGUAUCAUUGUUGUAGAGAAUUGUACCAACGUUGAGCCACUGUGUUCCGAAUGUGAUAAAGAUUGCGAAAUCGAUUGUCUCCUUUCAAUGUGCAUGUAAAAACAUGUGCUGGAGUAUUUGUUUGCAGCCUGCAGUUCACCCAAGGUUAGAUCUCGAGUCAUUAGCCUGCCUUUCACUGUAUGCAUAAAUCACUGUGGUGUAUCAGUAAUAAGGAAGUUUACCUGUUAAAAGGAAUGUUAAAGGCACCUUAGAAGUCAUGUGGCUAUAAAGAAGUGCCUCCGGCAUGUUCCUGUAAUUCAUGGUCUCAUAUUAACUCUCAAUUUCCUCAUGAAUACGGCCAUUUCUUCUGCGUUAGCCGACACAUUAACUUUACUGUUAGCACAUUGUGACAAAGAGAAUCAUUAGAGAUACUAUUAACAUAACAUGAUCAGUUAUACAACUCAAGGGCCCAAUGUCUUAGUCACUAUAAGGUUAAUUUCCCCCUUGUUAUCACAAUAGUUUUAUUGAUUACAUCCUAUUGUUUAUGAAUGUAUUGUUUUCUAACAUCCCAUACUAGCUUUAUCUUUUCCUGCCACAGUAGUACACAUCAUGAAGGGUUUGUAACCUUGAAAUCUUUCCUACAUAGUUAUUUUCCUAUAGUGGGAACUUCCUUGUGGAUGUGUCCUGGUGAUUCAUCCAAAGGGCCCACAGGUGUGAGGAGAUAAUAUCCAUAGCCCCAUAAACGACAACCACAGGACAACAUGUGCUGUUGCUCUGCACUUCAGACAAUACUAUUAGUAAUCAAUGCUCCAGAACUAAGGCAAUGAGAGCCGUUAUCUCUCGUUUGGCGUUUAUGACUUGGUUAAUCGUUAAGCAAUGCCUUUGUGUCCCCGAGGAUGGAGCAAGGACAUAUCUGACACCCCUUGCUCAGGUUUUUGAGGGUUGAUCUAGAGAGUUAGCCAAUAAUUGGCAGCCAGUGUAUGACCCUGGGAUGCAGGGUAUAAAGGUAGGCCAUCUUAGAUAAACCAAGCUUACUCACAAGAAGCUCAGACCGGCAGACGAGAUCUCUAGAAGUCUAAUCCUAGUCUAGUCCAUACAUCAAUAACCAAGGACAGCUGCACCUGUUGAUGCAGCACUCUGCUCUUCUAAAACACUGUUGGAUGACUGGAGACCCACACUGCUGUUUGAUCCUUGACUGUUUAAAUCAGCAUUCCUGAUGGAGAGGCUCAGGUCUAAGGGAGGGGAGCACGAUAACCCCGUUUAUGAUUCCAACCUGGAUGAACCUCCCGUCUACGAGGACACCAACUUCUCUAACGGGGACCACCGGACGGUCCGGCCCUCGGUGGUCAGCGCUUUUGGUCACGACACUUUGGACCGGGUGCCCAACAUUAACUUCUAUCGCAAUGCAGGCAGUGUGAGUGGUCACCGGGCCGUGCGACCAUCCCUGCAGGAGCUCCACAACGUGUUUCAGAAGAAUGGAGCGAUCUCUGUGCCAGACACCGUGGAGGACGAUGGUGAGGGGAGUGACGGGACCCCCUCUGAUGAUCUGGAGUCUGCCAUCCCCACUGACACCGAGAAAGGACUAUUAAAGUUUGGCUGGAUAAGGGGCGUCCUGGUGAGAUGCAUGCUGAACAUCUGGGGUGUCAUGUUGUUCAUCCGUCUGUCCUGGAUUUUUGGUCAGGCAGGCUGGGGUCUGGGAAUUGUGGUGAUUGCUCUCAGCUGUGUGGUCACCACCAUCACUGGCCUUUCCAUGUCUGCCAUAUGCACGAAUGGUGUGGUCAGAGGAGGAGGAGCCUACUACAUGAUAUCUCGCAGUUUGGGGCCAGAGUUUGGCGGGUCGAUCGGUCUAAUUUUCGCCUUUGCCAAUGCGGUGGCUGUAGCUAUGUAUGUGGUGGGGUUCGCCGAGACCGUGGUGGAGUUGCUCAAGGAUAACGCCGCCAUAAUGGUGGAUGAAAUAAACGACAUCAGAAUCAUUGGCAUUAUUACCGUGGUGCUGCUGUUGGGCAUAUCAAUUGCUGGAAUGGAAUGGGAGGCCAAGGCACAAAUUCUUCUACUCUUUAUCUUGCUGGCGGCCAUAGUCAACGUAUUUGUAGGAACUUUCAUUCCUGCAACUGAGAAGAAGAAUUCCGAAGGCAUCUUCAAUUAUGAAUCGAACAUCUUUUUAGAGAAUUUUACUCCAGCUUUUCAAGACGGCGAGAGCUUCUUUUCAGUGUUUGCCAUCUUUUUCCCUGCUGCAACCGGGAUCCUGGCUGGAGCAAACAUCUCUGGCGACUUGCGGGAUCCCCAGGCUGCCAUACCUAAAGGUACCUUGCUGGCCAUCCUGAUAACUGGUGUCACCUAUGUGGCUGUGGCCCUCUGUGUUUCUGCCACUGUUGUCCGUGAAGCUACAGGAAACAUAACUGACAUCAUUACAGCUGGAGCAUCAUGUAAUGGUUCGUCAGCAUUAGCUGCCUGUGAGCUCGGCUAUAAUUUCUCUUCCUGUGCAGUAGAGGAAUGCAAAUUUGGCUCGAUAAACACCAAUCAGGUGAUGACCAUGGUAUCUGGGUUUGGUCCCCUCAUCAUUGCUGGAACGUUCUCAGCCACACUUUCAUCAGCCCUGGCUUCCCUCGUCAGCGCUCCCAAAGUCUUCCAGGCACUGUGUAAAGACAACAUCUACAAGAUCCUGCACUUCUUUGCCAAAGGAUAUGGCAAGAACAACGAGCCAAUCCGUGGCUAUGUCCUCACAUUCAUUAUUUCUGCGGCCUUCAUUCUCGUUGGUAAUCUCAACACCAUCGCUCCUAUCAUCUCAAACUUCUUCCUGGCAUCUUAUGCCCUCAUCAAUUUCUCCUGCUUCCAUGCAUCCUACGCCAAAUCUCCAGGUUGGAGACCAGCAUAUAAAUUCUACAACAUGUGGCUCUCGCUGUUGGGCGCAUUGCUCUGCUGUGUUGUCAUGUUUGUUAUCAACUGGUGGGCUGCUCUACUCACGUACGCCAUUGAAAUCCUCCUCUACAUUUACGUCACAGUCAAGAAGCCAGAUGUGAACUGGGGUUCGUCCACGCAGGCGGUGACAUUUGUGAGUGCGGUCAGCAACGCUCUGUCUCUGUCGGGUGUCGAGGAUCACGUCAAGAACUUCAGGCCUCAGAUCUUAGCACUGACGGGCGCAGCACGGGCCAGACCAGCUCUCCUGGACCUGGCUCACUGCCUCUCUAAGAACUAUGGACUCUGUCUCAGCUGUGAAGUGUUUGUGGGUCCGAGAUCAGAGAUCCUUGAAGAGAUGAACGCUGGCAUGGAGAAGAACCAGCUGUGGCUCAGGAAGACCAAACGCAAGGCAUUUUACGCUGCUGUGGCCUGUGAGCGAUUCAGGGAAGGGACUGAGAGCCUGCUGCAGGCUUCUGGUCUUGGCCGCAUGAAGCCUAACACAUUACUGAUAGGCUUCCAGAGAAACUGGAGGACUGCGGGCACAGAGGCGGUGCAGAGUUAUGUGGGAGUACUGCAUGAUGCAUUUGACUUUGAGUACGGGACAUUGGUGCUGAGGAUGAGCCAGGGACUUGAUAUGUCGCACAUCGUGGAAGCGGAAGAGGACAUGCUAAAAGCAGCGAAGGAGCAACAGGCACUGGACAAAGACAUGCUGUCGAACGGUGGGAAAGCAAAAGGAAUGUUCAGGAAGUCCAGGAAAUCCUCUAAGCAAGUGCUCACAACCAGAGUGUCGGUGUGCGGCCCUCCGCCCCCGCAGGUUGCCAAGAUGAAUGAGAAGCUGUUGGAGGCCAGCGCUCGGUUCCAGAAGAAACAGCCUAAAGGCACCAUUGAUGUGUGGUGGCUGUUUGAUGAUGGAGGUCUUACCCUGCUGCUCCCCUACAUCCUCACUACCAGGAAGAAGUGGAAAGACAGUAAAUUAAGGAUCUUCAUCGCAGGGCAGCCUGGACGCUGUGAGCAGGACAAGCAAGAGAUGAAGUCUCUGUUGGAAAAAUUCAGAAUUAACUGUACGGACAUCAAUGUCAUCGAUAACAUCCACGUCCAACCCAGCGCCAACAGCUUUAAGAAGUUAGAGGACAUGAUUGAGCCUUUCUGUCUGCAUGAGGGGUCUAAAGACACCGCUCAGGCUGAAGCCAUGCGAAAAGAGCAGCCCUGGAAAAUCACUGACGAAGAGCUGAGCACCUUUGAGGAGAAGACCAACCUCCAGGUGCGACUGAACGAGGUGCUUCAGGAAAACUCCAAAUCAGCCAACCUGAUCAUUGUGAGCAUGCCCAUUGCUCGUAAGGAGUCCGUUUCUGACUUCCUCUACAUGGCCUGGCUGGACAUUCUGACAAAGGACCUUCCACCCACCCUGCUCAUCAGAGGCAACCACAAGAGUGUGCUUACGUUCUACUCCUGAGCACCGUGCACGCUAUAAACUAAGCUAUAAAUGAGAUUAAUGGAAGUAUCAUAAUGAUGGACCAUGUUCAUAAAGCACACCAGAACUUUGGACGAUGUUAUUCAGUCGGCAUGACCAACAUCCACGAUAUAAAACACAAGCAGUUUCAGUAAGGUCCUGUUGAAGACUUUCCUACUCACAAGUGCUUAGACAAGAAAAUAUAAGACAUAUCUUUAAAAAAAAAAAAAAACACAGAAAGGUUGGUCAGCAGGCGUAUCUGACAAAGGUAUAAUAAAAAAACUAUUUUCAAUCAAUCACAGCUAAACCUUGUAAAUAUUUACCCAUUAGCCCGUUUUUAUCACUGUCUGGUAUGUGCCCUUUUUAUGAUAUCUUGUGGCAAGUUGUGGAAAACCAGCCAGCGUGCCAGUACACUGUCUGGCUACCAGUGUAAACUCGUAAUGCCCUGCUGCACUCAGGGUUUUGUAUGAAUGCUGUCAGUGAGGAACAACAAUAAAGUCUUAAGAAAAAUGCAUAUCUGACAUUGAGUUUGUAAAUGUCAGACAGUCUGAAUGUGAAUUUAGGAGCUCAGGCAAAGUUUAACCUCUUUUCAGAAAGUACAGAACAAAAGCUUAAUGCUCAGAUAUUGUUAUAUUCAUAAAAAGCUUAUAUUUUUUGGUGUGAACAAAGUCGGACCAAACGUCUUCCUAACUCAGAUCAGUCCAAAGAACAAAGCCAAAGACACAGGCAGAGACACAAGGCUGCUUUUCAAUGGUUACAUUCAGUGACUGUGUUGCCUGCUGCUGUGAUUGUAAAAUAAAUGUAUAUAGUAGAUGUCUGACUUCACUAGUGGCUAUUUUUGAGGCAUAAAAACCUGUCUUUUCUUAAAUGAUUGCAUCCAUUGUUUUAAACCAUGGUUUGAUUAUUUUUUAAACAUUCCUUGAUAUUUGCUGGGUGUAAAAUACUCUGAAGUUGUUUCACCAUUCCACAUUAUACAGACUACUGUUUAAAUAUUUAAAUAUGUUUAAUGUUUCAGGACAAUUGAAAUGAUUGUAAAACCAAUUAUUUUGUAUAUUUUAACAUGUUUUUUUUGCUAUUUAAUUAUAUAAUUUUGAUUACCUGAUAUUAAGGAUUAAUAAAAUUGUGAGCUGCUCA